ACAGGAGAGAUACGGGACUAUCGUGGAUCCUCUGGGGAGCCUCAACAACCUCAUGAUGCUGACGAGGCAGAGAAGAGUCUCUCCAGAUCAGAACGCCUCAAUAAACACCUGCAGAGAUCCACAGGGAAGAGAACUCACUGCUGCUCUGACUGUGGGAAGAGAUUCACCUCAUCAGGCAUUAAAAUUCAUCAAAGGAUCCACACAGGAGAGACAUCUAAUAGCUGUGAUCAAUGUGGGAAGAGUUUUACUACAUCUGUCUCUCUGACAGUACACCAGAGAAUACACACAGGAGAUAAACCUUAUAGCUGUGAUCAAUGUGGGAAGAGUUUUGUUACAUCUAGCAAUCUGACUAUACACCAGAGAACACACACAGGAGAGAAACCUUAUAGUUGUGAUCAAUGUGGGAAGAGUUUUGUUACAUCUAGCAAUCUAACUAUACACCAGAGAACACACACAGGAGAGAAACCUUAUAGCUGUGAUCAAUGUGGGAGGAGUUUUACUACAUCUGGCUCUCUGUCUUUACACCAGAGAACACACACAGGAGAGAAAUCUUAUAGCUGUGGUCAAUGUGGGAAGAGUUUUACUACUUCUGGCUAUCUGACUUUACACCAGAGAACACACACAGGAGAUGAACUUUAUAGCUGUGAUCAAUGUGGGAAGAGUUUUGUUAAAUCUGACCAGCUCACAGUGCACCAGAGAAUACACACAGGAGAGAAACCUUAUAGCUGUGGUCAAUGUGGGAAGAGUUUUACUACAUCUGGCUCUCUGACUGUACACCAGAGAACACACACAGGAGAGAAACCUUAUAGCUGUGAUCAAUGUGGGAAGAGUUUUGGUCAAUCUGGCCAGCUGACUGCACACCAGAGAACACACACAGGAGAGAAACCUUAUAGCUGUGGUCAAUGUUGGAAGAGUUUUGGUCAAUCUAGCCAGCUGACAUUACACCAGAGAACACACACAGGAGAGAAGUCUUAUAGCUGUGAUCAAUGUGGGAAGAGAUACUCUGGUAAAAGAUCUCUGAUCAAACAUCAGAAAAUACAUGAAGGAGUUUUUUCAUGAUAUCAAUUAAACAAUUAAUUAAUGUCACAAUGUAGAAUGUUUUAACAUUGUAGUAGGAGUAUUUAAAUGAUGUCACAAUGUAGAACCCUAAACGUUUGCCCCCUGUUCUAUUGAUUCCAACAUGAUAUGGAUAUUAGCCUCAGGGGGGAAAUCCAGGCUCUGAAUUGGAAGAGUAUUAUUUAUGUGAUUUAACAAAAAGUGACUAACAUAAAAGAGCUGUGUUACACAUACCAUGUUGGUGACCCACUUGAAUUAAAAUGCAACACUUCAAACUGUUUCUGCAUAUUGGUUAUUGAUUUGGACACAUUAAAACUGUGUUUUGACAUUGCACUA